AGCGACAGAUAGUGGGUUUGGCUUGCUGAAGAGGAGAAAGCGCUUUGGAGCCGAGCUCAGUAAACACACUCCCACACACACACACACACACACACAGAGGCACGCAUAGUUCGGGAGGAUUUCCAAUUUUUUUCCCGGAAAUUCUUUGCUUCUUUACGCUGAUAAAGACGGCAUUACAUGAGUGAGAAAACAUCUGAGGAUUUACAAGGAUUUCAGUACUCCAGCGCCGGUUCGAGUGGCGCGUUCAGCUUGAAAUUGCACAUUUUUCCAGCAUGAGCCGUCCAUUUAACAGGAAAAAAGAAAAAUCUUGGAUGCAUACGCCCGAGGCCCUGGCCAAGCAUUUUAUAGCCUACAAUGCCAAGUUUCUGGGGAACACAGAGGUCGAUCAGCCCAAAGGAUCCGAGGUGGUGAGAGAUGCAGUACGAAAACUCAAGUUUCAAAGACAUAUCAAGAAGUCAGAGGGACAGAAGAUCCCCAAAGUGGAGUUGCAAAUCUCAAUCUAUGGAGUGAAGAUACUAGAUCCCAAAUCAAAGGAAGUGCAGCACAAUUGCCAGUUGCACCGGAUAUCCUUCUGCGCAGAUGAUAAAACAGAUAAAAGGAUAUUUACAUUUAUCUGCAAAGACUCCGAGUCUAACAAACAUCUCUGCUACGUGUUCGACAGUGAAAAAUGUGCAGAAGAGAUCACUUUGACUAUUGGCCAGGCGUUCGAUCUGGCAUACAAAAAGUUCUUGGAGUCAGGAGGGAAGGACGUGGAGACCAGGAAACAAAUAGCGAGCCUGCAGAAAAGAAUUCAGGAGCUUGAGACUGAAAACUCGGAAUUGAAAAAGCAAUUGCAGACGCUGGAGGAACAACUUCUCAUCGCUCAAGUUCCUCCUUUGCUUCACAUUAACUCUGCUAACGAAGCCUACAUGCUGCAGAGACCCUCGUCUCUCUUCUGGUGUCACAAUCUGACCUCCUUCUCCUGUCUAGAAAUCUCUUCUGUCACACUAACGCCAAUGAGCUCUCCCGACUCCAGCGUAUCGGCUGGAGUUUUGACUCCUCCUCCUGCCAAACCUGCUCUGCCGAAGCCUCCCACCGGAGCGGGGCUGCCUCGGCCAAGAGGCGUCAACAACUCCAGAGUUCCCACGGAUAUUUUUGACAUGGUUCCGUUUUCUCCAGUGGCACCUCUGGUUCCUCUCCCGGCCAGUAAUUCUUCACCUCCUCCACCUCCAGUGAGACCAACAGAAAUCAGAAGGGACCUGUUUGGUGCCGAGCCCUUCGACCCCUUCAUUUGCGGCGGUGCUGACUUUCCCCCAGACGUCCAGUCGCGGCUAGAUGAGAUGCAGGAGGGGUUCAAAAUGGGACUAACAGUAGAGGGCACUGUUUUUUCCCUUGAUCCGCUCGACGGUCGCUGCUGAUGCCAAGAAGACAUUUCUUUUGUUACUUAACUGUUUGCCCAUUUGUAUUAAAGUGCCAAAAUUUGGGGUCUACAGUCAAGUUGUCAGUGUUUUCACCAUGAGAUUUGUAUGUAUUUGAAUUUGGUAUUUGCUUUACAAAAAGAACGUAUAUUAAAAAAGCAGAAUGGCAGAUCACUAUUUUUGUAUGAACUGGCACUUGGUCAUGGAGUUCGGUCAUGGUAGCUUGUGCGUGUGUGUGUGUGUGUGUGUGUGUAUGAGCACUGAUUGAUGCAGGUAAUUUAAAACCAAUGGUACAAUCUGAAAUGAAGAUUUCAUAAGGCACACCAUGUUCUCUCGAUGUGUUCAUACAGAUGUUGAUGAUCUCAUUGUUAAUUUGUUCUAACACCAAGACAAAAGUCCACUCCAUGAUGGCAUGCAGCAUUGUUUUAAUUAAUACACUUACAAAUACUGGAAUAUUAAACUUACCCUUUGUUAACUAUAGAUUACGUUUCAUUAUAGUUUUUCUUUGUUACUCUCAUUGAAAUCAUUGUAAUAUUUUCUUAACUGGACGUUAAUAUUUUUGAUGGAUUUUAUAACUCUGUAGCUGGAUGGUUUGUGUAAUAAUGUGUACUUGUACUGCAUUUUAAUUUGGUAUUAUUAUCUAUUUUAGUAUAUUCUCGCACCAGGAAGCACUUUGGGAAAGAAAAGAAGAAUUCUGUCCAUAUAUUGACCUAAUUAUUAUUAUAAUUUUUUUUUUUACUUUGUAUGCAAUAUUUUAGCUGUUGUAGUCAUUAAAGACAGUAAAAUGUGA